GGAAAGGACCCGGAGUGCGGUUCCCUGGAGUGUCGCGACCCGGGUACGAUCGGUGUGUAUCUAAUUCCUUUAGAUGCCGAACGCGUGCAAGUGGGCUCUACCGUGUACGUGUGAGUGACAGUCGACGGGAAUCUUGCGCUGCGCGACUUUGCUCGGGAUAGGAGACUCGGACGGUAUAAUCGCGGUACUCGAAGGCAGAGCGGGCAGAGAAUAGACGGACAUUGAAACGGGUGGGACAGAACGACACGAGCGUGCGAGAGGAAAGGAAAGAGAAACGGCAGCUCGCAGCCGUGCUGGACGACAACGACGACUAACUGGUACAAUUGACAGGGAAGAUGGCGCGACUCGCGGACGAGGAUCGCUGCUGACCUAUUUUUUUUCCGACGCGCCAAAUCUCCGGGUGUCGGGAGCCUCUCGCCGAAGGACGACGGAGGAGGAGGAAUCUCUCCCUCGUCCCUCCCCCUCUCACUCUCGGGCGAGCGCCGUUUGCGGAGCGUGGUGACGUUCGCCGAGAGAAAUAUAGCCGACGACAGCAGGGAAGGCAGCCGUAGGAGAGUGUAAUAGAAAGAGAGAACGGACUCUGGAGUUGCGCCGGGAGGGUGCCCUUUCGCGCCGCGCUCGCGCGCGCGCUUCUCCUCCUGCGUGUAUGUGUGUGUAACCUGUUUUUUGUACCGUGUGACAUAAUCGCGCGAGUGUGCGUGCCUGUCUCUGUCCUUGUUCUUCUCGCGUCCGAUCUGUCUCUUUCCCCGGGUGUCGCGAGGUCAUCGUCGCGUUCGCAAAAGUCUCGUCCAAGGACCUGGUUCGGGUGCAAGGACAAUAUACGCGACGCGAGGAUCCGUCAUUGUCGUCGUCGCGAGGCUCUUGGGAUAGUUUCCGAGGUGCGACGAAGUGACGUCUGGCCACCAGUAGCGCGCGGUAGAAGGUGGCAAAGAUUCUGAGACAACCAGAGCUCGGCAGAGCCCUGGCAGGCUCGGCGGACACGGACGUACACCGACGAAGACGUAGCAGUCUUCUGGAUUAUCUCGAGCCCCGUGGAGCUGCCCUGGCAGUCUCGGGCACCAGCGCGGCUAAGAUGGGCAACAAUGCCGCGACUGCCAACAAGAAGGUCGAUGCUGCCGAGAGCGUCAAGGAAUUCCUCGAUAAGGCGAAGAAGGAAUUUGAGGACAAAUGGAAGAAGAAUCCGACCAACACCGCUGGUCUGGACGACUUUGAGCGCAUCAAGACUCUGGGCACCGGCUCGUUUGGCCGCGUGAUGAUCGUCCAGCACAAACCCACCAAGGAAUAUUACGCCAUGAAGAUACUAGACAAGCAGAAGGUCGUCAAGCUGAAGCAGGUGGAGCACACGCUUAACGAGAAGAGGAUACUGCAAGCGAUCAGUUUCCCGUUCCUCGUAUCGUUGCGCUUCCACUUCAAGGAUAACUCUUACCUGUACAUGGUCCUGGAAUAUGUGCCAGGUGGUGAGAUGUUCAGCCACCUGCGCAAGGUCGGCCGCUUUUCCGAGCCGCACUCGCGUUUUUACGCGGCCCAGAUCGUACUCGCGUUCGAGUACCUGCACUACCUCGAUCUGAUCUACCGGGAUCUGAAGCCGGAGAAUCUGUUGAUCGACUCGCAGGGUUACCUGAAGGUCACCGACUUUGGCUUCGCCAAGAGGGUACAGGGUCGGACGUGGACCCUGUGUGGCACGCCGGAAUAUCUCGCCCCCGAGAUCAUUCUCAGCAAGGGCUACAACAAGGCGGUGGAUUGGUGGGCGUUGGGAGUGCUGGUCUAUGAGAUGGCCGCGGGAUAUCCGCCAUUCUUCGCCGAUCAGCCGAUCCAAAUCUACGAGAAGAUCGUGAGCGGCAAGCCACGCUUCCCCUCGCACUUUGGGUCCGACUUGAAGGAUCUGCUGCGCAACUUGCUGCAGGUGGACCUCACCAAGAGGUAUGGCAAUCUCAAGGCGGGCGUGAACGACAUCAAGGGUCACAAGUGGUUCGCCAGCACCGACUGGAUAGCCGUCUUCCAGAAGCGAAUAGAGGCGCCGUUUAUACCGCGCUGCAAGGGACCAGGCGACACCAGCAAUUUCGACGACUAUGAGGAGGAAACCCUGAGAAUCUCGCUGACGGAGAAGUGCGCCAAGGAGUUCGCCGAGUUUUGAACGCGGCGCCAACUCGGCAAGUUGCUCGUAACAGGAGAUGGAUACGCACGUCGUGUAUACGUCGUCGUAGUCGCGCCUCGUCAUCGGGCCGACGUGGCGCGGCGCUUCUUCGUCGUCGGUGUCGUCGUCUUCGCUGUCGUCGUCACCACGUUGGUGGCUCGCUUCUUUCGAGAGAGAGUAAGAGAGCGUGAGAGAAAGGCGAGAAAGAGAGAAGGAUGUAUGUGUGUGUCGCGACGCAUCCGCGUGUACCCAAAGCUCUCGACAGCGCGAAACGGAGAUUUUCGGGACGGAGUUUUUCUCGCGUGAGCGACGAUGGUAGGAAAAAUGUGUUAUUUGAGAGAGAGAGAGAGAGAGAGAGAGAGAGAGAGAGAGAGAGAGAGAGAGGAGAGAGAAUUGUGAGAGAGAGAGGGAGAGAGAGAAAAGAGAACGAUAUACGAAACGGUACGUUUCGCGAUUGAACUCAUUAAAGAGAAGGAAAUGAAAAAGACGGGAACUAUAGGGAUGAUAAGAGACGUUUAUACACCGGCGUCGAGCAUCCAAAAAUUAUAGAUAUACAUAAUUCUCGGUUGUUACGUAUGUGUGUAGUAGACGUCAUACGCCAGCAUCACUUUUUACAUGGAGAAAUCUGUUUUUUUAGCCGGUCAAUCGAUUCAUUAAACGUAA